AGUGUAGCCCAAUUCACUAAGUUGCUCUCCUCAUCUGACCAGUUCUCUUCUCUUUGCUCGACAAAGCAGCUGAUCGACGUUUCUCAUUUCUAGGGUUCCAAUCAGAUAUCUGCAACAAAAAUGGCUCUGGCUGGUCGCAUCAGAUCGGGGAUCUCCUUCUUCAAAAACAUAUCCGUAUCUGACUCCCUCUCCUCUGCUAGAUCAUAUCCCCGUGGAGGGUCGCUUAUCCCUGCGUUGAGAGACUAUGCAACAACUUCGGCUCAGAAAACCGGCAAUGUUAAGGUGCCUGUGGCUUUAGUUGGUGAAUCUGGGAAUUUUGCUUCGUGGCUAUACAUUGCAGCUGUGAAGAUGAAUUCCUUGGAAAAGAUCGAGUUGGAUCUUUCCGAGAUGAUUGAGGCAAUGAAGACAAGCCCUACUUUUGCACAGUUUACAAAGGAUCCCUCUGUCCCCAGAGAGACAAGACUGGCUGCUAUUAUGGAUGUUUGUGAUCGAGCAAAGUUUGCGGAACCCACCAAGAACUUCCUCUCUUUGUUAGCAGAGAAUGGAAAGCUGAAGAACCUAGAUGUGAUUGUGAAGAAAUUCAUGCAGCUGACGACCGCACACAGGGGAGACGUCAAAGUUUUGGUUACCACAGUCAUGCCGCUUCCCCCUGCUGAGGAGAAGGAACUGAAGGAGACACUCCAGGAGAUCAUCGGAGAAGGGAAGAAAGUAACUGUGGAACAGAAGAUUGAUCCGAGUAUCUAUGGUGGGCUAAUAGUAGAGUUCCAACAAAAGGUGUUGGACAUGUCUAUCAGGACAAGGGCACAGCAGAUGGAGAGGCUCCUCCGUGAACCUGUUGACCUCAGCAACCUCUGAUAAAAUCUUCGAGAAUUUUCCCCCAAGAAACAUGAUGUUUUGUGAUGGUCUGCCACCAAUUGACAAAUAAAUAUGACCUUCCUGGGAUACAAUAUAUACCCACUCUUUCGUUUUUGAUAUUUAUCAUUUGCGUUUUACAAUUGUUGUUUGCUUCGAAAUAAGCUUUUCGAGACGUAAAAUUUCAAUGAGAUUUAUGAUGUUGUCCUA